AUGUGCAGGAUGUCCUCAAAGAAGGAAACUUCAUUUGCCAAGGGCACAUUCUGGGUAGUGAGGAGAGCAAACCUGGUUCUGCUCAGGCUGUUGUUGAACAGCAGUUGGGUAGAUGGGGACUGCAGGAACAGUUAUGGCAUCAUACUACUCAUGGUCACCUCCUAUGCCGGUCACAUAGGUGGUGUGAUAGAACUCAUUCUCCAAGGAGUGGAUAUCAAUCUCCAGUCAUGUAAAACUGCCUUGUUCUUUGCUGCCCAGCAAGGCUAUAAUGUUGCCAUGAGAUUUCUCUUUGAAUUUGGAGCAUCUACAGAAGUUAGGACCAAAGGUAGGUGUGCUGCCCUAUUGAUAAGUCAGUAUGGGCACAUACAGGUAGUUGGUACCUUGCUGAAGCAUGGAGCCAGCAUCCAUGAGCAGAUUUAUGAUGGAGCCACUGCACUGUUCCUGACUGUUCAGGGUGGUAACUUGGGUGUUACUCAAUUAUUGUUGUUCUCAGGAGUAAAAGUCAACCAGCCAAGGGGGGAAAAAACAGUGCUGCUCUGGAUUUUGCCUCUGAUGGGCCACAGCAAGGUGGUAAGGGUGAUGCUGUCUGCAUGGAGCAACAUCAUGAUGCUGCCCAAUACAAUGGUAAACAGUAUCACCGAAAGCAGCCAUCAAAGUGACCCAGGGAGGUGA